UUCUACAGUGCAUGAGGAUUACUUUCAUGGGCACAUUUCCAUGGUCAUAUUCGGUGUGCUGAAAUGAAUAAUGGAAAAUAUUGAUAUAGCCUAACUGAAAUAUAGACAUUUUAUUUUGAUUAAUAAUUUUGUAUUUGAAUAUUAUAGUCUAUGUGCAAAGAGGGAUCUUGUGAAUAGGCUUACUUGUGGUAUCUACACAUGCAAGAACAACUUUUAGAUUUUUUGGUAGUAGCCUAUUCGUUUCAUAUGUAUUUUAAAGAUGGAGGAGCCGGUCAAGAAAAUGCAUUUGAGAGAGUGGCUGAUAGCGCAGAUAGACAGCGGAAAGUAUGCAGGACUCACCUGGGAGAACGAAGACAAAACGAUGUUCAGGAUCCCAUGGAAACAUGCGGCUAAACAUGACUAUAGUCUGAACGAAGAUGCAGCACUAUUCAAGGCGUGGGCAGUGUAUAAGGGGAAGUAUUGGGAGGGGAGGGACAAGGCAGAUCCCACCACCUGGAAAACUCGUCUCCGCUGUGCCCUCAACAAGAGCACAGACUUCAUGGAGGUCCCAGAGCGCAGCCAGUUAGACGUAUCCGAGCCCUACAAGGUCUACCACAUUCAGGCAGAGCCAGAGACAGGCAGAGACUCAGAAUCUCCUCAGACUGAGAGUCCUCAGACCAGCCACUCCAGUGCUCCCCUGAGGAACACCGUCACACACUAUCCACAGUUUGGCUGCCAUAGGGAAUCAGAGGUCAGGGAUAGAAGAGUCAACUCCAGCGAGGGCUUGGAAGGGGACCAUGUGUACUACUGGUCCAACACAGGGACUCCCCAGAGGGACAGCUCUGCUCCUCUCUCCAUAGUCGGCCCUACACCACAGAUCUCUGACUUGCGUGUGCGGGUGUGUCUGUUCUACCAGGGCCAGCUGGUUGUGGAUGUAACCACCAGCACCCCAGACGGCUGUUUCCUCCUGCAGGGACAGGUCCCCCUGGGGAACGAGAGGAUCUAUGGACCCUGCACAGCCCAACAGGUCCCCUUCCCCCCUCCAGGGGUCAUCCCCCUGCCCCUGGGCAUCGCUGAGGCCAUGGGCCGCCUGCUGCCCCACCUGGAGAGGGGCGUCCUGGUGUGGGUGGCUCCAGAUGGGGUGUUUAUCAAGAGGUUCUGCCAGGGCAGGGUGUACUGGAGUGGCCCUCUGGCCCAACACGCAGACAGGCCCAACAAACUGGACAGGGAGAGGACCUGCAAGCUGCUGGACACACCUAUAUUUCUGAAGGAGCUCCAGGACUAUAUCCAGGGGGCGGGACCCAAACCUCGCUAUGAAAUUGACCUCUGCUUUGGAGAGGAGUUUCCCGACGCCAGCCAACCGAAAACCAGGAAGCUGAUCAUUGCACAGGUGGUGCCCCUGUUUGCUGUCAACCUACUGCAUAGAUGCCAGACUGUGGAGACAGAGGGGAGACCACGCCUUCACACACACAACACCAUGGGGGAAGAGGAAGAGGGUCAGCCACACCCACUGCCCCAGCGGUGAGGAGCCCAGGACCCCCUCUGAGUAACCCCUGGGGAACAUCACCUGUCCCCCCUGGCGCCCCCCUCCUGUCCCAGCCUAGCCAGCCAUGAUGAGGGGUGAGUGGAGACUCGAGACACCCAAAGAGGGUCAGGGUAGGCUUAGUGCAUGCCCUGUAGACAGCAUCAUAUGCCUCAACCUUAAGAGCACAGUGAACAAGAUAAUACGACACAGAUAGGGGCAAGUAUGCUUGGAACAGAUAUUUCUCACAUAGUUUUCUUAAAGAUAAUCUGCAGUUGCUACAUCCAUAAAAGAAAUAGAGAAAAAAGUAUGAUAUGUACCCAAUGAUUAUUGAAGAAUAUAACUUAUAAAUGCCUCAUGACGUUAGAUCAACUGUCAUACCCCAUCAAAACCCAAAAUAUAAGCUUGUUUUACUCCAAUGUUUGUAAACAAAGUACAUGUAAACAUACACUGUUUAGCCUCAAAACAUUGUUAAAACUAUAAUGUUGAUAUCAUGGAUGGUCAGUCCUCGCAUCCAUAGCACUGUCUAUGAAUUUGAGAGUGGUUACAUUCCUCCAGCCCCAUCCCUCAGCUUUUUACCGAAACAGUGGCGGCGAAAACACUUUGUUAUUGUAAUGUAAUCUACAGAGAAAGUAAUAAUUUUGUCAGUAUAUGUUUGACAUCUUUCGUCAUUAUGUUUUUUCAUUUACUGUAUUAAUGGAUUGUUUGAGUAUGUUUGUACAGUAUCUUGUACAAUGUGAAAAACGUACAUUUACCUCAUAAUCAACUUGUGAUUGCAAUGUACAGUGCAUUCGGAAAGUAUUCAGACCCCUUGACUUUUUUCA